AUGCAUCAUGUUUUAUCAAGAUCGAUGGUUCAAUGCACUGGAAGUUGGAAUGAUGGAUCAAAUACAAUAGAAUCACAAAAGUCCAACUUUGAAUAUCACUUAAAUUUCUAUCUCUUUCCACGAUCCUCUAUCCAACAUCCUCCAUCCACCAUCCACCAUCCAUCCUCCAUCCUCUAUCCACCAUCCAUCCUCCAUCCUCCAUCCACCAUCCUCUAUCCAACAUCCUCCAUCCACCAUCUAUCCAUCCACCAUCCAACCAUCCUCUAUCCACCACCAUCCACCAACCAUCUAUCUGCCAUCCACCAUCCACCAUCCAUCCUCCAUCCACCAACCAUCAAUCGUAUUGUAUCCAACUGCACAACAGACUCUGAAUUACAAACAAGAGCCAAACAAAUAUAA